AUGGGUUUAAAUCGCUCGUUUGCGCCGGUCUUAUUGAAUUGUCUGCUAAUCUGCGUCACUCUGUGGAGCAACCUGAGCAGCUGUGUGCUCGCUAAAUCAUCCCGGAGACCCAACAUUGUUCUGAUCCUCACCGACGACUUGGACAUCGCAAUCGGGGGUCUGAGUCCACUCACCAAGACCAAAAAACUAAUUGGUGAGGCAGGGAUAUCAUUCACAAACGCAUUUGUCGCCAGCCCGCUGUGUUGCCCCAGUCGAGCCAGCAUCCUGACGGGGAAAUACCCCCACAACCACCACGUCAUCAACAACACCUUGGAGGGAAACUGCAGCAGCAAAGACUGGCAGAAGAGCGAGGAAGCACACACCUUCCCCGCACUGCUCAAGAUGUACACCGGCUACCAGACCUUCUUCGCUGGGAAAUACCUUAACCAGUACGGGCACUCAGAGGCUGGUGGAGUGGAGCAUGUUCCUCCAGGCUGGAACUACUGGGUCGGACUGGAGAAGAACUCUAAAUACUACAACUACACUCUGUCAGUGAACGGAAAGCCUGAGAAACACGGAGCAGACUACAGCCAAGACUACCUGACAGACGUCCUGGCCAACAGGUCUCUGGCCUUCCUCCAGUAUAAAUCCAACUACCAGCCGUUCUUCAUGAUGGUGUCCAUUCCGGCCCCCCACUCCCCUUGGACAGCGGCCCCUCAGUACCAGAACAGCUUCAACAACACCAAGGCUCCCAGAGACCCCAACUUCAACGUCCACGGCAAGGACAAACACUGGUUGAUCAGACAGGCUAAAACCCCCAUGUCCAACGCUUCUGUUCAGUUUCUGGAUGAUGCUUUCAGGAAACGGUGGCGGACGUUGCUGUCAGUGGACGACCUGGUGGAGAAAAUAGUGAAGAGGUUGGAGAUCAGCGUUGAACUGGACAAUACGUACAUCUUCUUUACCUCUGACAACGGCUACCACACAGGUCAGUUUUCUCUUCCUCUGGAUAAGAGGCAGCUCUACGAGUUUGACAUCAGAGUUCCUCUCAUGGUCAGAGGACCAAACAUCAAGCCCAACCAGACCAGCCAGAUGCUGGUGUCCAACGUCGACCUCGGUCCGACCAUCCUGGACAUCGCCGGCUACAACGUCAACAAGACGCAGAUGGACGGCAUGUCCUUCUUGCCUGUUCUGGAGGGGAAGAUGAACAGCAGCAGCUGGAGAACUGACAUCCUGGUGGAGUAUGAGGGAGAGGGAAGCAACGUGACGGACCCAGCCUGCCCUCUGCUGGGACCAGGAGUGUCGGAGUGCUUCCCAGAUUGUGUGUGUGAGGACUCGUACAACAACACCUACGCGUGUGUGCGCACAGUCGCCCCCUCUGCCAACCUGCAGUACUGCGAGUUCGAUGAUAAUGAGGUGUUUGUAGAAGUCUACAACAUUACAGCAGACCCCUACCAGCUGACCAACAUCGCAAAGACCAUCGACCAGGAGGUCCUGGAGAAGAUGAACCACCGGCUGAUGAUGCUGCAGUCCUGCUCCGGGCAGUCGUGUCGGACACCCGGCGUGUACGAUACAAGGUAUAAAUUUGACCCUCGACAGAUGUUUCCUCGCCACAGCUGGCGGCUCAGCCGACUCAGACAGUAGGUGGAGUAAGAAGAAGGACGGAGGGAGGGAGGGAGGGAGAAGCUGUGUAGCCUUGGUUUUAGGCCCCUUGAGCCAGUCGUUUUGUAGAUGGAUGGAGAAGGGAUCGGGAGGGGGGGGGGGGGUUGCCAUAGAGACUGAGGCCUCUCUGGGUGCAGAACCCACCUCUUUAAGCUUCCAGACUGGGCUGCCGUUUAGUGAGUUUGCCAGUAGGUGUGCAGGGAAAGGAUGUAGGAUGGAUUUACGCUCUCAAGCUGUUAACGUCUGUUUUCUUGUGAGCAUUGUGUGUCGACUCAGUCAGUCGUAUCAGUUUGACAAUUCUGCAAACAAA